AUGUUGCUGCUGGCAGCGCUUGUGGCCACAGUCACUUGGUCUUAUGGAUAUGCACAAGUAAUUCCCGUGCAGAGCCCUCUGUCUGUCACCAAGUCUAAAGGAAGUGUACGCCUGGAAUGUCACUUUAAAGACUUCUCUGGAAAUUUUGAUGGCACCGUUAUACACUGGUAUCAACAGAAGGCGAAUAAAGCUCCAGAGAGGAUGCUCUACUUAUCACAGACAAAAACAGUAGAUGAGGGCUUCCAAGCAAACAAGUACAUGGUUGAAAAGGUUUCUGGCCAGAACCGGUGUGUUCUUACAAUAAACGAUGUCAUUCCAGAUGACACUGCUACCUACUAUUGCGCCUACUACAGUGACUAUUACCAAGUCUUCGGAACUGGCACAAAGUUUAUUGUUUCUGACAAAGGAAAUUCUCCACCGGCAAACUCUGAAAUCCUGCAGAAGAAACAUGAAAAUCAGAUAACCUAUGUUUGCCUUAUUGAGAAAUUCUACCCAGAAGUUAUUCGGGUGACAUGGACCGAUGGAGAAAAUAAGGAGAUAACAGACAAUGUAGUAAAAGGAGAUACUUGGAAGCCCACAGGAGAGGAUGAAUACUCAAUCGGCAGCUGGUUAACUGUACCAGUAAAGAAUAAAGACAAGAACUAUUACUGCAAUUACGAGCACGAAAGCCAACAGCGUUCACUGCCGACACAAGAUUCUUCAAAGCCUGCUCUUCAGGAAGAGGACUGCAGCACAUACCCUGGAAACAGCACAGUUUUUAAUAGAGAUCACUUAAUGCACAGGACAGCAUAUUUAGUGUACAUCGUCCUUCUUCUGAAGAGCUCCAUGUACUAUCUUAUCGUACUCUUCUUCAUCUAUAGAAUGUGGGCUUCAAGCAAGCACCAAAGAAAGAAAGCAUAA